AUGUCUAUUCACCACGGAAACGAAGCAUUUGAAGUACAGUCAUGGUGCAGUGACUACGAAGGAACAGGAUCCUUUCAGACACGGUCUACUGCCUCCACGGAAGCCGCCGGCGAGCUCUCAGAGACAAGUGAGGAUCUUUCGUAUGUGAUAUCUGAUGGAGAGCCAUCCAGGAGCGCGAGCAGCGCGUCAGGUCUUUCUGGGACAAACCACCUUCCUAGUGUCGAACAAGAUGGUUCCUAUUCCAAUGAGGUGAUUACGCAUAAUAAAAUGGACUAA